AUGAUAUGGGUCACCCAGCAAGCGCAAGUGACUCUGGCAGCCAAAGCGGUUCAAGCUACCCAACAAGCCCUGGCCAUAGUAGGAACCAAACAAGCCAAGGCUGACCAGAUUUCACUGGCCGCCCAAGCUGCCAAGGCCACUGCAUUUGCCGAAUCUGCACAAGCCGAUCAAGCUGCCCAGACCGUUCAGGCUGCUGAAGCAACCAAAGUCCGGGCCUUGCAACAGGCUCAAGCUUUGGAAGCUGCUGCCAAGGCUGCCAAGUCUCACGCUGCCCAGACUGUCGCUGCUGUCAAAGCCGCCAUGGAGCAACAGGCUUCUCAGACCCAGCUGGCAUUUCAAACCCAAGCAAACGCCCAAGCAUUGGUUUACAGACAACAGGCUUCAUUGGCUGAUCUUGCCGCUGCCAAGCAAGCGGCCAACAAGGCAUACUCGGUUGCCCAAGCGGCCCAAGCCACAGCUUCUGGUGCUGGUGGAGUGGAGCAAGGAAUAAGGAAGAGGGACCAAGGGGAGGCAACGAGCAACGAAAGAAUACGCAAAGAGGGGGAUGGCUCAGUAGAUAAUGCCAGUGAAACGUUUAAAGAUGAGAGGGUAGAAGAAGGAAUUGACGACGAAGAAAAGAUAAAAGACGAAGAAAGUAAAACGAAGAAGAGGAGGGCGGGUGGGAUCCUGCCGUUGAUCGACAGAUCCCAAAUCUGGUUUGAAGAGGAGGACGAGGAGGAGGAUUAUCAUGAGGAGCGUAACGAAGAGAGUGAUGACGAGACGGUGUUGUUAGAUCGACAUUAG